AUUAUUCGUGGUGUUGCACACUCCCUGUCAUCUUGACAGGACUGUUGACCCCACAAUGGCGGAGGAAACAACUUUUGUGAAAGCUUCCUCCUUCAUGGAUCCUUUUAAAGGCUUCUUGUUGGCAUAUUUGAUGCCUGAGUCAUGUUACGACGAGUUAUUUGUCAAGUUCAACCUUUUGCAUGUUCCAUGUCUAAAGAUUUUGAUCAGCAAAGGACUGGGGAUAGGCAUCAUCCUUGGAUCUGUGAUGGUAAAGCUACCACAGAUCUUAAAGAUGAUGGGGGCUAAGAGCGCCGAGGGUCUGAGCUUCCAGUCGGUGCUACUGGAGCUGCUAGCCAUCACUGGAACCAUGGCCUACAGUAUCGCUAACAAGUUCCCCUUCAGUGCUUGGGGUGAGGUGUUCUUCCUCAUGCUGCAGACAAUCACCAUUGGUUUCCUCAUUCAGCACUACACAGGAAGAACCGCCAGAGGUGUUGUUUUCCUGUUGGUGUACCUGGGGUUGAUGUUCCUGGUUUUGUCUCCAGUCACUCCUACAUCAGUGGUAACCACCAUGCAAGCCUUCAACAUGCCUGCCGUCAUCGUUAGCAGGCUGAUCCAAGCGGCCACUAACUUUCGCAACGGACACACUGGCCAGUUGUCAGCUAUUUCCAUCUUCCUGUUGUUUGCUGGAUCGCUAGCACGCAUCUUCACAUCACUGCAGGAAACGGGCGACAAGCUCAUGGCGCUGACCUAUGUGAUCUCCUCGUGCUGCAACGGCCUCAUCGCCCUGCAGGUGGCGUACUACUGGAACAGCUCCUCGGAGCGCAAGAAGAAAAAGAAGAAGAAGAAGAGAGAGUAAUAAAACCUGCAAUAACCAUAACGGAUUUACACACUUGAUACUGGGCCAUCAUGCUGAUUGUGCAAUUAAAAUGAAAUAUACAUUCCUGGGUUUAUUUUAUUCAGUUAAGAAUAGCAGUGGUGUGUCUAAUAAAUACACGUUUACACCCAUUUUAAAGUUGCUUUGUAUGAGACAUCUACAAUAAGCUAAAAAUAAUUGAAGUACAUCAUCAAACUGUCCCCACAGCAUCAUCAAUUUUUUCAUAUACAUGCCUUUUUUUAAAUGGUUGUAAGUGUAAAAAUAUUUUAGUUUGCAAAUGUAAUAAUUGAAUUGUUCAAGGCGUAGUUCCUAAUAAAAAAUCAAAUUGAAAUGA